AUGGCGGACACCUCAAUUGAAGAAUUUUUGGACGAAUUGGGUAACAUAUCUGUUAAUAAAGACUGUUCAAUCCCAGUAAGCGAUACUAAGAAACAAAUUGAAUGUUCCAUACUUGAUGGACUGUGGAGUGAAGAUGAUAUAAAUUCUGAAAUUGAAACUUCAUUAGACUUAUCGAAAAUUUGUUCACUCAAUUUUUCUUUGGAUGAAGAUGAAAAUUUUCAGUUUCCUGAUUCAUGCUCCAGCAGCAAUAUAACAGUUAGAAAAUCCAGAAAGAAGCAGCAUUUUUUAGAAGAUAGCAGAACCAAAACACCCCUAGUCAAUAAUGGCUCAAAAAACCAGGAAAAUUCAAGUUCAUUUUUGGAUGAAAAUAAUUGCAGUCCCCUUAUUAGCGAGAAUGCAAUGCACCAAAAAAAUACAGUUAUAUUGGAGUCAGUAUUUAGUAUGGAUAAAAACAGUCCUGAUGUUCGUAAAAAGCUAAAUGAUCAUUUUGAUGAGGAAAAUAAUUUUUCUCCAGAUUUUCACAUAUUGAGCAGUUGUAAAAAUGAUUUUGGUGAACAGCUUCAAUCGCAAAUGGAAAAUGCCAAGGAUAACAUCCCAUGUAAAGUUAGCAAUCAAUUGCACCUGGAAUAUGAUAAAACAUUUGAAAAGUUUUUACUGGAACAGAAUGUACAACAACAUGUUGACUCUGUAAACACAGAAUAUCUAGGAAAUGAACUUAUUAAGGAAGCUAUUGAACAGAAUUUCAACACCAAUAUGCCAGGCUCUUUGAACAAUACACUGGAUUUAUCAAUGAAAUCAGUUACUUCAUUGACAGAUGACCAGUUGCAGAGAAAUUUACAGAAAGAUGACAACUUAACAACAGUUUUUCCAAAACCUUUGAAGAAAUUUUAUGCUUUAUCACAUCAUUCAAAACAUGGUAAUGCAUCCACUGAACAAGAUCAAGAAAGUAUUGUUUUAUUUGACAAUGAUAAACAUAAGAUUUUUAAUAACAGUGAUAUAGAUAAAACAGUUGAGGAUGCCACAACACCAAUGAGCUCAGAAGUCCAAAAUGAUUUUAUGAAACCUGAUGAUGUUCUCAAUUCAAAUGGCAAUGGCAUUACAAGUUUAGUCUCCAAAAUUGAUCCUCCUUUGCCUGAUCUUGAAGAAAAGAAAUCAACAACUGGAACAUCAUGCAUGAGCGGUAAUGAUUAUUUGUCAAACAAAGAAAAUAUGUGGACACAUGCGAGAAAGAAGAAGGUUGUAAUUUUAUUGAGUGAUAGUGAUAGUGAUUCUGUUUGGGAAGAUGAACAGACUUCUGAUGACAGUGAUUGUGGAAAAUAUGAUAUAUCAUUAUCAAGUCGUCUUGUGAAAGAUUUGACCAACAAGAAAGCAUUGAACACAACAAAGGCAAAAAGUGCUGGUCAUAUUAAAACAGCCAGCAAUGGCAUGAAUCCUACAUUAUUGCCCACAAAUCAGAAGUUUUCAAACUCAAGUGAUGAUGAUGAUGAUAAUGAAUUUGAACAAUUUUUAGACCGAAUGAAAACUCCUAAGCCAAAGUCAACUCCAAGAUACAGUUUAAAAAGUUUCAUAGUGGAAGAUGAGAUGACAGAUUCUUCGGAAGAUGAAGAUAACCGUUUCACAAUUUCGUUCACAACACCAAAGUCUAUUGUCAGAAGUAAAGGUCUUCCAGUAUUCAAAUCCAACACUACUCCAAAAAAGAGACCGACACUCGCAAUUCUUCCUAAAGGGGCUUCCCCUGUAAAGAAAUAUAACACACCCAGAAUUAAAGCAACUCCACUCAAAAUAAACACUAAAGAAAAUACCAAAAUCUCAUCUGUCAAAACCAUCAAAGGUAUUGUCACACCGUAUGUGAACACCCCUCACAAGUUAUGGCGAAAGAGUCGGGACCGGUUGGUGGAUGAACUGUUUAAGUGUUACAACGAAACAGUUUUUGGUAACAAGUUGCCCGUGGAUCUACCCAUUACGUGGAACAAACAAAUGACAAAGACGGCCGGAUUUUGUUAUUAUAUCGGAUCUUUAAGCAAGAAAUGUCGAAUUGAGUUAUCGGAUAAAGUUGUUGAUUCAUGUGAUAGAAUACGUGACACUUUGAUUCACGAACUUUGUCACGCAGCCACGUGGUUGAUUGAUGGGGUUAGAGCUGGACAUGGUCCACACUGGAAACGAUGGGCACAUAAAGCAAAGAUGGUGCAUUCAGAUUUACCUCCUAUAUCACGUUGCCAUAGUUACGAUAUCAACUACAAGUUUACUUACCGAUGUGUUAAAUGUAAACAUAGUUUUGGAAGACAUUCGAAGUCUGUCAAUCUUAAAACAGCCAGAUGUCCUUACUGUUUUAGUCAUUUGGAACUCCUCCCAAGAGUGAACAAAGAUGGCACCCCGGCGAAAACAAGAGCUCCUACAAAGUUCUCUUUGUUUGUAAAAGAUAAUUAUGCUAAGAUUAAAGCAAAAGGACCGAGGUCAAGUCAUCAAGAAAUCAUGAAAGAACUUAGCAAACAGUUUUCACAACAGGUUACAUUAGGCUAAGAAGAAUAUACAUCAGUUUUCAAAUUUUUUCAAGGGAAAUUUAAAGGGUACAGCUAUGUCAUGCAUAUGAAAAACCUUACUUUCAAGACAAGAUAUCUAAAGAUAUGCUUUCAUGCUGCAUGUAGACUAUAUAAAACUGGAAAUAUAAGUGAAAACAUGUGUAUUUUAAAGUCCCAUUUAAACUACGCACAAUUUUAGGUUUGGUUCGUAUAAUAUACGCAUGCACUGACGCAUAUACCAUAGGCAGCCCAUUAGCCCUGAUAGUUUUCGUUCUCGUGGCGCUCGUGCGUGUACGCGAGUC